AUGUCAGGGCUGACGACUCUCGCUUUUCUUGCUGUCAUUGCUGCAGGUGUCUCCAGCAGUGAGACACCAGACUGCUCGUACAUGAGCCUCCUGAAUCACUUAAACCUGAUUCAAACAGACAACUCUCUGUCAGUAAUGAGACCCGUGAAAAACUGGACUACAACAACCCCUGUUUACCUGGACAUGGUGGUGUUUGGUAUUCUAGAAGUGGAUGAGAAGUCUCAAACUGUCACCACUCACAUCCAGACACAAAUGAAAUGGAGGAAUGAAUUCCUGACAUGGAAUUCUUCAAACUUCUGUGGAAUUAAUAUGUUGACGGUUCCCAGGAAAAUGAUCUGGGUCCCAGAUGUGGCCAUUGAAGAGGACGCCUCUGACACUGGGAGCGUCAAGAACAGUCCUCUGGUCACUCUGAGCCCUGGUGGGUGGGUGACUGCAAACGGACGCCAGCGGCUGACAACCAUCUGUCAGUUCAAUCUUUUCCUCUUCCCCUUUGACACACAACUUUGUAACAUCACAUUUUCAUCCCUUAGCUACAAGGAGAAAUCUAUGACUCUGGGAACAAUCAACAGUGACAAAAUUCUUUCUUUAGUUUCUGAGAAGUUAAUGAUCACAAAGGGAGAAUGGCAACUUUUAAACAUUUCAAUUAAUUAUUAUUCUUUUGAGAAAAAUUAUGAACCUGAGAGCAAGCUCCUAUACACGAUCGUCAUCAUGAGGAAGCCGAUGCUUUAUGUGAUAAAUUUAAUCAUCCCUCUGUUUUACUUCCUGAUCCUGGAUCUGGCGUCUUUCUUCAUUAGGGGUGAAAAACUUAGCUUCAAAGUGACUGUGCUCCUGUCAAUCUCCGUCCUCCUGCUCAUUCUUCAGGAUAUGCUGCCAUCCACAGAAGACACGCUGCCGUUGAUUGCCAGCUACUGUGUGUCGGUUUUCACUCUGGUGGGGCUGAGCAUCCUGGAGACCAUGCUGGUUGACUUCCUGUUAGCGCUUGAUGGUUACUGUGGAAAAAACGCCCAAAACGAUGUUAAUACCCAGGAAGUGGAAAUUCAGCUGGAAGGCAACUCUCACAAAGACCCCUCUGCAGAGCGAGAUCAGGUGAGUCCAGUGAUGAAGCCCAGUGAGUGUGAGCUGCUGAUGCUCAUCCUGGAGGAAGUGAAGUUGGCUCGACAGGAAACCGGACGACACGUCAAAGACGACAGGAAGCCUGGACGCUUCUCAAGACUGGCUAAAAUCAUAGACUAUCUGUACUUUGUCUUUUAUACUCUCGCUGUUGUGAUAUAUUUGGCCCACAUAAAUGCGGUGUGGCUUGAAAGAUAUUUAGCAGAUGGUAAAGAGUAG